AUGAUAGGGACAUUGUGGGGACCGACAUUCAUCAGCGCCGCCGUCUACCUGGUUCUCCCACAUGUCAUGGUCAUCUAUGGCGAGCAGUUCAGUCUUAUCCAUGAGCCAAUCUACUGUAAUAUUGUAUUUGUGGCGCUCGACAUCUUCACCUUGGCCUUCCAGUCCAUCGGGAUUGCUCUAUCGGCUACGAGCGAUACCGAGCUUGAGUUGACAAGUCUUGCCCUCUUCUUGGGUGGCUACUGGUACUUCCGGCUUAAAUUAUCCCAUCGCCGGUUUAUCUUCGACCCCACGUUUUCUAUGGUCUACUUGUCUUCCUACUUCAGAAAAUUUCUUCUUUGCGUACAAGCAGCCUCAGUGCUUCUACUAGUAAGAGCAGCUAUACGAUUGGCUGCUUUUACUGGAGGGCUCGCCAGCGGCCUCGUGCAAUCCCAAAUCGUCUCGCUGGUACUUGAUGAUACCCUCGUACUUGUCGCCGCCGUUAUUCUCUCCGUGGCACCGGUUGGGAGGGCCUUUGGAUCAUCUUGGGCUGAGACUGCCCCGUUCACGCUUGCAAGCGAUGAGUCAGAUCUGCCGCUACGCAACUGGCGGCCAUCGACAAGCCAGCACAGAAAGAGAGCCAUCUCACACCCAUUUCCAGCAUCUCCCAUGAUUGCGCAACCAUCUCCGCGGUCAUACCAUUCCAUAUAUUCGCAAAUACCCCCGCCGCCGUUGGCAUCGCCGCAAGACAAGCGCGUGUAUCAGCGGGCUCCCUACGAGAUUACCCCGGUACAGGUUGUACCCUACGUGCCCAGCGAAGCGGGAAGCCCGCCCCUUUCAGGAUCUAUGCCGGCCGACACGCCGAGGAGAACGCCUCGAGAGGCGCAGAAGCUUGUUGACCCUGAUGCACUUUGGAGCUAACUGCAGGUCCUUAGUCUGCUGCUUCUGCCCCAAUUUUAUCUUGAGCAUUAUCUGCUUAAGAGACAGGACGGCUUCGGCAAAUUUAUGUGGUGUGUCCGCGUUUUGUGUCUGAUCACUUCGAUUUCUCGUGUCGAAGUUGAACUUGCUUUUUGGCGGCAUACUCAAGGUCAACCUGGAUGGGUCGGUACAAAUGUUUACCAGUUAUUCUUCU